AUGUCCUACGCUUAUGAAACCCCUUCAUAUACUUGGAUACUGAAUUAUUUUCACUGGGUGGUGUCACCUCUUUGGGGCGGAAGUAAAUAUGGUUUGAAGUUCUUCAGAGCUGCGGCAAAGUUCGUGUAUCUGCUGUCGAUCAAACCCUUCGUUCAACUAUUUCAAAUCUUCUUUUACUCUCCAGCGACCAUACUACUUCGAAACUUGACGAAUUUAGCGCUGCUACCAACCAAUGUCCCGCUCUUUCUAUUUUACAACACAACGAUAAGUGACAUUACUAAAAUGAACCUGCAUUUGACAUACAUAACUCUCACCCUUUGCAUACAAUAUCUGAUUACAAUGAUGUUCAUCGGAGUUAUUUUCGGUAUAUGGUUUGGCCUGAUUUUGGGUGUGCUGCAUAGGCUAAUCCGUAUUCCUGACAAAAAGGUGGACCUUUUCGGAAGCCUGACGCAGCGCGUUCUUCGUCUCGUGACGAGGGAAGAAGAACAGAUCAAGGCCACACCGGCUCCAUGGAAUUAUACUCAAGAGUAUUCGGCUUCCACCAAUGCUAGCCCUGCAACUCGACUCAACCAGUCUCAGCGAAAGGUUUCACGGGCGUCUCGUGGUAGUGCUUCCAACCUAGCAUCAAAACUUCCACAUGACUUUUUCCAAAUGAAAGCACCAAGAACCCCGUUGCGGUCUGGAGAUUCUAGGUUUGAUUCGUCGCGGCUCUCUCAAUUGGACAACGAACUCGAUGACGAAACUGCAUCUAUGUCCUCAAACAUUUGGGAUACCACUGAAGAGCUCCCAGAGACGCUCAGAACGGAGCCCACGGCUCGUGGUACAACGUUUCGCCGCUUCUCGUAUGCAUCAGGCCUUGAACAGCCUAAUUAUACUCACCUCAAGCCGCUGAACCAUUGA